AUGGCCGAAGUCCAAGGUUAUUGCGAUUCAAAAUUCAACCCGGUCCGUGAGAUUCUACAGCAGAGAAUUGCCAGUGGAGAUGAGCUGGGUGCCUCACUCUGUAUCAAUGUGGACGGCAAAACAGUGCUCGACCUCUGGGGCGGGCACAUGAAUGUAGCUCAGACAAAGGAAUGGACCGAAGACACCAUCACAGGAGUGUGGUCCUCCACAAAGCUCGUUACCUGUCUGGCUGUACAAAUUCUCGCCAGUCGCGGCCUGAUAGACGUGGACGAGAAGGUUGCUGCUUACUGGCCUGAGUUUGCCGCCAACGGCAAGGAGAAUGCGAAGGUGUCGCAUAUUCUCAGUCAUACUUCUGGAGUGCCGGCAUGGGAUGGAUUGAUCUCUGCCGAGGAGAUCCAAGAUACGAAGAAAGCUACGGACCGACUCGCCGACCAAGCUCCUUGGUGGGUUCCGGGCGAGCAGCAUGGAUACCAUCUAAUCAGCUGGGGCCAUAUGAUGGGCGAACUCGUGCGACGGAUAAGUGGCAAGUCUCUGACUCAAUUCAUUUCGGAUGAGAUCGCUACUCCACUCGGCGCCGAUUUCCGGCUUGGGUUACCGGAACAAGACUAUUCGCGUACGGCUGAUAUUGUUCCACCCCCACCAGUGUCGCUUGAUGGUAUCGAUGCCGCAAGUCUUGUAGUGAGAGCGAUGGUUGGGUCGGCUAUGGACCCUACGCUACCAAAUCAGACUGGCUUUAGAAAGUCCGAAAUUGGUGCUGCAAAUGGUUUCUCGAAUGCUCGUGCUCUAGCACGCAUCGGAUCGGUCAUCUCUCUGGAUGGUGUCGUCGAUGGCAAAAAGUAUCUCUCUUCCGGUACACUUGAUAAAAUGAUGGAAGAGCAGGCCAAAGGGCUAGACCCGGCUCUUCUGCUCUAUACCCGAUAUGGUCUCGGGGUCGGACUGCCUUCCUUACAGACUCUUCCUUGUAUUCCAGAGGAUGAUCAUAUUUGCUUCUGGGGUGGUUGGGGAGGAUCUCUCCUCAUUAUGGACCGUGGCCGGCGGAUGACAAUCGCCUAUGUCAUGAACAAAAUGAGUGCCCGCCCUUUGGGAAAUGAGAGUGUCGAUUUGUAUGCCAAGGAGAUUUACAAAAUCCUUGGUGCGCUGUAG